CAUAGGACGUCCUGUGAAAGCUGAUAAGCCACGUCGUACUCCACCAGGGUGAAUGCGGCUGUGUGUUGGUUGGAAUACACACACGACACUGCUAGUAGGAUUCCAUCUUCAGGUCUACACGUCUAAUCAGGAACCGUGCCAGUAUGAAAGCUGCUAUCCUCAUAUUGUCCAGCCUCGUCGCUGGAGCCUUCGGGGUUUUCAAUGUGGCCGAUUCCAACAGUUACUUUGAUGAGCUGUUCCAAGCGACUCUUCCACGAAUGCCUGGUCUUGAAGGAAGUAGACUUCACGACUUCGCACUCAAGGUUGAAAGUACUGCGUUUACGAACCGGGACGUAAAGGCGGAGUUUCACGAUGGCAGAAUGAUGGGGACCUCGUCUCCUAACGGUAUUACCAGAGAUGCCGCUUGUUCGUCGCCUAGGAUUGAGCAUGGCUCAACCGUCGUCAGCUGCACGGUGUCCCUUGAUGGACUGAAAGCAAGCUACAAGGGGACCGUCAGGGGAGAAGAUAUAUCGGGUACGGCAAGGAACAUUGAUGCGGAUGCUACUUUCGCAGGAACCAAAGGAUACAUUGAAGUGGCGAGUGCACCUGGUGGAACUCCAACGUUGAAGACUUGGAGGGUGAACCCUAUCCUCGUCCGUGUGGCCCUAUCAAGGGAACUCCAAUUGAACUCUCGCAGAAAGAGGAGAUUCAUGGAAGAAGUAAAGAAAAACGUUGAAAGCGCUGCCAAUGGGUUCUUUUACGGAGCUCUGCACUACGCUCUCAGUAAUGCUGUCAAGUUCAGGCCACUACCUUCGCUGUAAAACAGAAAGAUAAAAGAGCGCCUAUGAAAGCUAUCCGCUAUCAGCAAUAAAAAAAAACACAGAUUUUAUCUCUCGA